UCUCCCGAAGGGGACCUAUAUAAGUGACUCGCAGCCGAUGAAACGCGAUUUUCCAUACAGAAUUGUGUUUCCACCUCAUCAGCGACUGAGACAUGCAUCCUUCCGUGCUGUGUCUUUUGUUGCACGUUGGCCUUGCGUUCGCCCAACUGAACCAAUACCCCGUAACCACGCCAGUGCCUAUUUUGAAGCAGAUAAACAAACACAAUGGGGAUGGCAGCUAUAGCUAUGGAUACGAGGCAGCGGACGGUUCUUAUAAAAUCGAAUCGAAAUAUCCGACUGGCGAAGUGUACGGAAAAUAUGGAUUCGUCGACGAUACUGGGAGCGUUCGAGAGGUCGAAUACGGUGCGUCAAGGCGUGGAUUCGAACCCGCAGGUCUUGGAAUAAACGUGCCACCGCCGACCCUGACUGGUAACAGCAUCGCGAAUCCAAACGGAGUCGACGACGAUGGACAGUACAAAGAAGACCCUUCCAUUUAUUACACGGAUCCUCGUUACACUAAUGGAGAACGAUAUGACCCCGUUCCUCGUCAACCGUUGGUACCGAACCAGCCACGACCCAUUCCAGCGCCAAUUUAUAAUCCGCCAAGACCUCCGACGCAAGUGCGAUAUCAAACACAAUCUCAGCCGCAAUAUCAACCACAACCUCAGCCGCAAUAUCAACCACAACCUCAGCCGCAAUAUCAACCACAACCUCAGCCGCAAUAUCAACCACAACCUCAGCCGCAAUAUCAACCACAGUACAGGUCGCAAUAUCAGGGCCAACAGCAACGUUCUGUUUAUUCGUCUGCGCCAAUUCAAGGUCGCCCGGCGCCCAUCGAUCCAAAUGCCGGGUUAGCAUCGUACACGGUUAAUUAUCGUCGAUAGAAAUAUUCUUUACCGUCAAUUUUGUGAAAUUUACUGCGGAUUUUUAUGCAGAAAGUGUCUUGUAAAGUAUAAUUAAAUUAUAAAGAUUCUUCAUCAUUCAAUUCAAUGGUGUACAAUUUAAAUUGUUUUAAAUACUCGUAUAGAUUGCUUGCAUCUUUUAACAUGCUUCAAAAUGUAUAAAAAUCCGUGAUCUGUUUAUAUCUUAAUUUGCUGGACGCAACGCAAAAAUCAGAUGGAAAUGGGCGAACUACUAUAAAGGUAUAAAAAGACUGCGUACGUCCUGUUUAUUUAAUAUUGUUACAUUUUCUUUUCCUCACCGAAUAAUACUGGCGUUUAAAGGACUGGGUUACUUUUUCUAACAUUAUUAUUUAAAAAUUCAAUCUUAAAUUGCUUGAGCAAUGCUUAACAUUUUAUUCAAUUUGGUAUGAAUCAAUAGGUAAGUACUCCUGAUUGAUAAAAGUGAAAAAUUCUCGUCCUUUAAAUGUUAAGGAAACCAAAAUAUUGCUGUGGCUUUAGUUUAUGUACACAUACUCAUCUCACAGAACAUUAUGUUGCAUUGUAAUCACUUGUAUUAUUAUGUCAUUUCCACUUCACUUCUAUAUGGACGUUCUUCUUUGGGAGAAGACCUCCUCAUAAAUUCACAUUGAAAUUUGAAAUAAAUCUAAUCUUCACAUAGUCAUGAAUAGACCGUGGAUUUUGUGUAUUUAUAGUGGAGUUAUAUACGUAAAAAACGUAAAAAAUAUAUGUAAAAAUCCGCAGUCUAGUCAUGAAUCACGGAGGACGUACUAAGUAAUAUUCAAGAACUAUUUAUAGAAGAAGCAUAUUAAUAUGACAUAAAAUAUCCCACACUACAUAAACUAUCUUCAUAUUACGAUCGUGUACAGUGCCGCGUUUACGGUUUUGGAAGCUCUAAGCUCAACAUCAUUAUCAAUUCUUCUAAUAAUAAGUCUAUUCUAGUUAAUAAAAUUCAUACAUAUUUUUUCAAGGUUUAUUAUAAAUAUAAUUUGAUAUUUCCAUAAUAACUUGUUUCAUUAACAUAGAAAUACUGUGUUGUAUGUACACAUGUACAUAUAGUAGCAUUUUUACUGAUUCUUUCUUAUGAUAAGUCUAAUAUUUAAUAAUAUUUUAUUUUGCAGUUAUAACUAGACUGUUUUUUUCAUAUUUUUUGUGAGAAGAAAGGUUCCAAAAUGUAGUUUUCAUAGGAAGUGAGGGCCCAGUCUAAUGCGUCUUAUGAUAAAUGCGGCACUGGUCAAUUGCUAUUUAGCAUUCUACACGACGUUUGUACUAUCAUAUGUACAAAAUACUUAUUGUCAGCAUAAAUACGAACGUGUUUGUAGUUUCUACAAAUAGUUCCACUUUAAAUCUCUACCUCCUUUUCGCCUUUCUACCUCUUUUUCAUGCCAGUUCGUUGUAUUAGCCAUUUUCCCUCUACUUCUCAAUGUUCACUUUCCUAAUUUGGUUGUACACGUUUCUUGGCAUGUAAUUAUUUCUUACAGUCUCUUUUUAGAUUAAAUACUUGAAACAUCCUAUAAAAAAAUCUUUGGUUUUUCUCGUCCAUAUGCAUGCUGCAUUUUUUAUUCAUUUUUUUAUAUGUUAUAAAGGCAUGAACGAUGAAUGAGAAAUGUCAUGUACAAACACUUUAUUACGCAAUCAUCAAUGAUUGUUAAUUUAAAAUAAUAUUGGAUACGAAAUGGGAAUAAUUAAUUAUUUAUAGGUUUUCAGUAAAUGGAUCAUAUAAAUGUUCUAUUACAGAAAGAUGAUUGUCAAUUUUUAAUAAAAUAUAAUCAAAUAACAUUUGAAUGUUCACAUAAUAUACUUAAUAGUAGAAUAGUACUAUCAAAAAGUGCAGUUACGUGUGUAUUGGACAGACGUACUAUCUUCGUUAUUUUGUAACUUGUUGUAUUGAGUAAUAAAAUUCUAAAUAAUGAAAGGACCAUUGUUUUACUUAAGAAUUAUAAUGUUAUUGAUCUGUACGCAUUUCUGUAAUAAUUGUAACAUUAUGCGAUUAUUAAUUUGGUAUUUACUUUACAUUAAUCUUGGAUUAUUUAGAAAAUUUAUGAUAAACGUCCCAAUUUUUGUUCACGUCAUAACUCUUACUCACUAGCUUAAGAUAUCGUGUAAAAUUAUAGACGAAGAAAGCCAGUGCGUAAGUACUUAUAAGAGAACGUAAGAGAAUGUACAGUUUUCAAAUCAAAUUUUUUGGGAAAACAG